CUUAAACGAUGUGACCAGAUUGCGUGUUUUUUUCAGCCUGCGUCACAAACUGGUUUUUAUCGUUAAUAUAAAACAGAAAAAAAGCGUCGUGAAGGAAAAGCUGAUUAACGUGAAGCAGAAAGAUUUCUUCCAGGAGGCUGAUUGGCUGCAGCUGGUUUGCUGAUAAUCAGAGGUUAAUUAAAGUGAUGAUGAUGAUGGUGUUUCUCAGCUCGGAUUCAGGGAUGGACUCAGACUCUGUGGAUCUCAGCAGGCUAGGGUUUAGUUCACAUUUACUUCAAGUAAGUGUCACCAGUUUCUCAAAGACUGACCGACAGCUCUGAGGUUGCCAUGUUGAGAAAAACCAGGUCCGCUGCCCUGGUGCUGCUCGUGCUGGUGUCCGGUCACGCGGGCGCGCCCCUGAUCUGUCAUUACUGCCCUCUGCAGGCCGCGGGCGCGCGCUGCAACGUCACGACCGAGUGCCUCGAGCACGAGCGCUGCUCCUGCGGCUGGAGGCGUUACGGCCGCGUGCGCGUGCUCGCCCUGCAGGGCUGCGCGUCCCCGGAGCUCUGCGGAUCGAACCGGACUCUCUCGCGCAAGGGCCUGGAGUAUGACGUCACCUACGCGUGCUGCUCUCGCGAUCUCUGCAACUCCGCCCCGGUCCCGGAGAACCUCCUCCCGCAGCUGCUCGGGAUUACCGACGGUGUCCCGGAUCCGCCGAGCUGCUCUGAGCCCUGACACACACACACACACACACACACACACACACAGACAGAGAGAAACGUUGUCCUGAGUAUCAUCAGCCUGCACAUAAUGGCUUAUUAAUAACUUGAGGAUUUUAUUAAUACCCUUAGCUGGUCUUCAGUCUGGAAACUGAUGCACCUUUUGUAUGAAUAAAGCAAGUUUAAUGAAGUCUCCAUCACUUGAUGUUUGUAGGGUUGUGACCUGAAGAGAUCUUCUCAUCGAUUGAUGGAUGAUUAAACAGAGAUCACUGAUUUUACUCUCUUUCCUUCACUUUUUUAAAUGAAUAUAUUAAUUUCUGUCUUCUGAAUUAGCAGAAAUUUGACUUUAAAGGAACAUUCACCUCAAAGGAAAUGACCUCAUGUUUUACUCUGAAGUCUUCUUCUGUGUGAAUGACUUCCUUCUUUCAGAAGAACAGUCCUUUUAAAACUAUUUUCUAUAAAGAAAAUCAUUAAUGUUUUUUGUGGAAAAGCUAGCUCAGUUAGAUGUUCCCAAAUUCAGGCGCUAUGUUUCUUCUCAUCAAGGGGCAGAGUUUAAGAAAGCUAAU